AUGGCCACAGGUGGUGAAGUCGAAAAGACUGCUCAACGUGUUCUGCGUUUGACAGGUAUUGCUGAAGUACCCAGUGAAUUUCUUAUGCCUAUUAGUGGUUAUGAGAAAAUGCCGCUUGUUUCACUUGAAGAAGCAGUUGAACCGCUUGUGCCAAUUUUACCAGUAGUUAAAAGCUACGCACGUGCAGCCAAACAAAAAUGCAAGAAGCCGCCUGAUAAUUUGACACAAGAUGAAUCGGCUUCAAUAAUGCUAUAUUCAAUGGGAUGGGAGCCGUUUAACGAAUGUCUUUAUUUUGCUUUAAAUACUACUUUACGGUCAACAAAUCGAGCAAAACUUAAACCAUGGUUUCUUUAUCUUCGGCUAUUUCUCGCGGCCUUAUUUCGCCUACCACCGAUUCCUCCACUCAUGGUGUUUCGAGGUGUCAAACUAGAUUUGAGCCCACAAUAUCAAAAGGACGAAACAGUUGUAUGGUGGGGAUUUUCUUCAUGCACUAAAUCGAUCGAAGUCCUUCAAUCAGAACAAUUUUUAGGUGCAAAUGAUACAAGAACAAUGUUCAACCUUCAAUGCCAUUCAGCUAGGGACAUUAGCAAACAUUCGUUUUAUCCAUCUGAAGAUGAAGUACUUUUACUCGCUGCUACUGAGUUCAAGGUGCAAGGCAUUCUGGAUCAAGGUCACGGUCUUCACACUAUUCAAUUGCAAGAAAUUAAAUCUUCGGAACCAUUACUCAUUCCACCACCACUUACUACUGACUCGACUUAUUCACCUUCGGAAAAACUCAAAACUCUACAAGUGAGUAACGACUCAACUAUAUCCGAUGCUAAUCCAAUCCAAUCUGCUACAAAUAAACCAAAAUGGAAUUUACUGCAGCAAGUAGAUGUACCAACGAAAAUUCUAUCGAAGACUGGUAUGUAUUGGUAUAGAGAGGGAUGCGAUUGA